AUGUCAGAACUGUCUGGGAAAACAUGCCUCGUGACUGGUGGAGCCAGCGGGCUGGGAAAGGCCAUCGCGACCCGGUUCCUCGAUGCCGGCGCCAACGUGGUCAUCUGCGAUGUCAACGACGAACGCCUGCAGCAGACCUCGACCGAGCUCGCAGGACGGGGCACCUUGAAGACCAUCAAGGCGGACAUUACAUCCGCAGCCGCUGUCCAAAGCCUGUUUGACGAAAUAACCGCUACAUUCCAGAAAGUCGACGUUCUGGUCAACAAUGCGGGCAUUAUGGAUCGCUUCGACCCCGUCGGCGAUCUGGACGAGGGGCUGUGGAACAAGGUCAUGGCCGUGAACCUGACCGCGCCGUAUCUUCUGAGCAAGCUGGCUGUGCGGGAUAUGCUGAAACAGGACGGUCCGGAUGGCUGCAUUAUCAACAUUGUCUCGUUGGCGGGCAAGGCCGGCUGGGCGGCUGGGGCGGCGUAUACCGCGAGCAAGCACGGUCUGGUCGGACUAACCAAGAACACGGCCGCUUUCUACGGCAACCAGGGGAUUCGAUGCAACGCGUUGAUGAUGGGCGGUAUGAACACCAACAUCACGGAUGCGUUCAUGGCCGGCGUCAACCAGGAGGGAAUGAAGAAGGUGAAGGAGUUGAUGGAGGCUGUCAAAACGCCGCUGUGUGAGUUGGAGCAGGUUGCUGAGCUGUGUCUGACGGUGGCGUCGAGUAAGGGUGCCCGGCUGAUUAACGGAGCGUGCAUUCCGGUUGAUAAUGGAUUUUGUGGGAUUGUCGGAUAG